UUCGAAAUCGCUUGUUUUAUAGGUUUUUGUUUUGCUCGCGUUGUUCGUGAUGGAUGAAGAAUCGCGAGAAGAGCUUGUUUUGUUCAGUGAUAAUCACCAUUCAACGUUUGAACCUGUACAAUGGCUUCCGAGGAGCAGCUUGCCCUGUCAGGACUUAUUAAAUCCGUUCACCAGCAGCUGCGGGACUCUUCGAAGGAUGCCUCGCCGGAUGAAAUUUGGCGAGAACAUCUGCAAAACGGGGACCUUCUGAAGCGGUAUGCGGAGGCAAUGCACAAACUGGCCACCUGUUACUGGGACAAAACGAUGCAAGUGUCCUGCAAAAAGGACAACAGUCGCAUUGAGUGGGUAGUCAAAUCGUGCCGGGAUUACUUUUUUCGGGAGUGCCUGCUGAACUUAUUCCGAGAGAAAGAUGAUAAGGUGAUGAAAAUCCUGAAUGAAAAUUAUAAUUAUUCGCAUGAACCGUACGAAAUUUCUCGAAUAAGACUGCUCGAUGUCGGAAGUUGUUAUAACCCGUUUAGCGCUUUCUCUGAUUUUGAUGUAACAGCAAUCGAUAUCGCACCAGCCCAAGAGUCGGUUAAAUAUUGCGACUUUCUGGAGGUUUCUGUGGGUCAAAACCUGACACAAGAUUCCGCGUCUUUAAUUAGUAGUCUUCCACAAUCGUAUUUUGAUGCCGUUGUGUUCAGUUUAUUGCUUGAGUACAUGCCAUCUUCCCACCAGCGAAUUCUUUGCUGCCGAAAGGCGUACGAUGUGCUUAAACCAGAAGGAAUCCUUCUGGUUAUUACACCAGACUCGCGGCACCAAGGUGCAAAUGCUAGACUUAUGAAAAAUUGGCGAUUCACUUUUGGUUUGAUGGGUUUCACCCGCAUAAAAAUUGAGAAGUUGGAACACGUUACUUGUAUGGUUUUUAGGAAAUCCUUGUUUAAAGAGAUUUCAGAACGGUGGUGUAGGAUUCACAAGGAAGAUUACAUGGAACCAUUAUUGAACAUACCGCAAGAUUUCAAAACUGAUCCUCUACCAAACGAUGAUGAAUGUCAGAGUAAACCGGUUGAGAGAACGGUCGAUGCAUUAGUUGAAAUCAAAGAAAUGUUCGGAGGACUACCAUUUGAAUACAAUGAAAUUGAUUAAUAGAUA